GAAUGCACACAAUAUAACACUUAGAUCUCUCCUUCUCUCUCUCUCUGCCUCCUAUUAUAUACCUGCGACAUGGCAUGUACGAGGUGGCUUUGUUCUUUACCAAAAACAACAGGUAGAUCACGGAAAGAAUGUGAGGAAGAUAGAUUGUGUAAGAAGCGAAGCGUGAAUGAAGAGUAUUUGGAAGCAUUCAGAACAAAGUCUUACAUGGAAAUAUGCGACAAAGCACAAGGGGGUCUUGGAAAAACAACCACCAAAAUGCUAACUUCCUCUUCAUCUUCGCCUUCGUCUUCUUCUUCUUCUUCGGUUCCAUUAUGCAUGCAGCUUACAGAGUACUUGCUUGAGCCACGGCAAGAGAUGAUAGCAAACAUGACGCAGAGGUUGAAUCUGCAUCGUCUUCUUGUGGACUACUUCGAAGCCACCUUGGAAGCGUGUCGUUGUUGUGACACGAUCCUUGAAGCAAUCCAUUCAGUAAGACUUGCUUAUCGACGAAUCACAAGAAUUGUUAAGCUUAGAAAAAUUGUCCUCGAUGCCAAUAACGACGACCAAAUCCACAAAGAUACCAUCUACAGAGAGCUUUCUUCAUUUGCUUCGCAAAACAACCCUUUCUCUGUUGUUAGCACCGUGCAGUUCCGUGACAUUCACGACAAGUGCGUGGAACUUCUGGAUGGACUGAAAGAGACGAGAAGGAAGAUUAAAAGGAGGUUGACAGUGAAGAGGGUGUGCAAGAAGGCAGCUGGAAUAGCUCUUGUUGCUUCACAUUGUGUGGUUCUUGCUGGUUUGUUAGUGUUUGCUUUUCAUAGUGUGGUUGGGGUGGUGGUGGCACCUAGUAUUUUGGGUGGUUUGGUUGGUUUGUUGGUGAAGAAGGGUGGUGAAAGGGUAGGGUGCAGUUCUUCUGAGCGGCUGUGUGAGCAACUUGAUGUGGCUGCAAGAGGGAUUUAUAUUCUGAUCAAUGAUUUGGACACAAUGAGUAGGAUGGUGAAGAGGUUACAGGACGAGGUGGAGCAUAGGAAAGUGGUUGCUGAGGUUUGUGCGAGGAAUGGGAAGUGGGAGAUUCUGAAGCAGGUUAUGAGAGAGUUUCGUGAGCGUGAGUCUAGCUUUCUGGAGCAGUUGGAAGAGCUUGAGGGACAUAUCUACUUGUGUUUUCUUACCACAAACAGAUCCAGGAGGCUUGUACUGCAAACAAUCACAGAGAAAAAGUAAAACAUUGAAAAACAACACACUUUUCUCUUCUUGUCAGUUCCACCUUGUAUAUAGAAAAAUGUUAUACAGAGUUAGUAACUUAGUGUUAUGUUCAUGUAUAUGAAGCUUCUGUGGCUGUCACAGAGCAAUGGAGGAAUUAAGGUUUCUCAAGCAGGAUAUAUAUAUAUAUAUAUUUGGCUCUUCCUUGAUCUAUUUAUG